CGCUGCUGGAAGGUCUGAGCAGUGCCAAGGAGGAGCUUGGACUGCGGCACAUCGGACUCUCCCUCACCAGCAUGGAGAAGGUUUUCCUAAGGGUUGGGGAAAUCAACUCAGGAGAAUCUCAAGUAGAGUCGAGUCUGGGAUCAAGACCCGUCAGCCAAAAUGGAAAUUCCGCGAAUGGCCUUAACGACAUUCCAACGAUAGUAUCAUGUGAUGACAAGCUUCAUAAUAGUCAGCAACAUCUCGUCAGCAACACGAACUUGGUGGAGGGACGUUUGACUGGAAAGCUGCUACUGGGGCAAAGAAUGAAGGCCUUAUGGGUCAAGAGGUUGAUUUACUUUCAAAGGAAGUGGGUCCUCCUUGUAUCACAGGCUCUCCUUCCUGUGCUGGUGACCAUCGCCUGCCUCCUGAUGGACGCUUCAUUGUCCUCCACCGGGUCGCGUCAGCCGCCCAGGGAACUCAGCCUCUCCAUGUUUCCCUACAGCCAGUCCUUCGUAAAGUAUGAUCCUGGCCUUGAUGACCUCGCAGAUGCUUACGAGUCGCUCUUCAGGGGACCGUACAAGGUCAGCUCGACAGACAACAUGGAUGCUUCGUUGCUGAAGGAGGGCGAGGAGAAUAUCUUGAAAUACCGAGAGAACAACAUCUGCUCUGCUGAGUUCUUUGACAAGGGUUCUGGCGUGACAGCAAUGCGCAUGCGGUACCAGAGCAUCCCCAUCCACUCCCCUGGCAUCAGUACGUCCAUCAUCACCAACGCUCUCCUGCGCCUCGCCACUAACUCCAGCGACCACUCCAUCACCACCACCAACUAUCCACUUCCCCGCAACCAAAAACUGAAGGUGACCGAAGACUACUCGUCCACCAGCUCCCUCGUUUACGCCAUGCUGAUGCCUCUCGCCCUGGCACUCCUCUCCGCCUCCUUCAUAGUCUUCCCCUUGCAAGAGCGACAAACUAAGGCCAAACAGGUGCAGGUAAUGACCGGGGUGCCGCUGUGGGUGCUGUGGGUCACCACCUUCCUCUGGGACUACGGCACAUACCUCGUCUCCUCGCUCCUUAUCUUCGCCGCCUUUAUGAUCGGCGACUCCCAGGAAUACUUCACCGUAGACGACGCUCCUGGAGCGCUUAUCUUGCUGCUUCUGCUCUACGGUUGGGGCAGCAUCCCUCUGGCCUACGUGUUCAGCUUUUUCUUCCAGACUGCUGCCGCUGGGUUCUCCGUCAUCACGCUCAUUAACAUUGUGGCAGGCAUGAUCAUCACCACGGCCGUAUCUGCCCUCGAAAUGUCACAGCAGCCCAAAAUGCUUGUCGUCAGCGACGCCCUGCACUGGAUUGCGUCCCUGCUCCCCACCUACCCUGCGUCCAUGGGUUUUCAACAUUUGGUGAUGACGAGUGACUACAACAGCCGCUGCGAUAUCUUCAAUGAGACCCUAAAACUGGAGCUGUGCGACACCCUCUAUAACUUUGACCCCUUUAACUCCUUCAUGCCCUGCUGCCCCGAGUGUGCCAGCCAUGGGCAAGAAGUUUGCUUCCAGAAGAGAAGUUAUUUUGUCUUUGAUGAGUACGGCAUGUCCCGAGAUAUGUUGACACUCACCAUCAACGGAUUCAUCUUCUUCGCCAUCCUCUGCCUCAUCGACUCAGGCGUCUUCAGAAAACUAGGUGUUCUGCUGCGAGGUCUGUGUAAGAAAGCUGCGACUGCCCAUGCUCCUGAGGUUCCCGCGGACGAUGACGUGUUGGCCGAGAUUGCCUUGGUGGAGAACCUAAUGACUGGCGCGCCACUUGACCCGCUGCGCGAGGCAAGCUUGGUAGUGAGCAGCCUCUCCAAGACGUUCGUGAGCUCCCCUCGGCCAGCAGUCAAUAACAUCAGCUUUCACGUGGGUCGAGGAGAGUGUUUAGGGCUGCUUGGCGUUAAUGGCGCCGGCAAGACCACCACCUUCAAUAUGCUGACUGGGGAUGAAGUGCCCACCACCGGGGACGCCAGGAUAGGCAGCACGUCCCUCAGGACCGACAUAGGGAAGUUCGUGCAGCAGAUCGGCUACUGUCCCCAGUUCGACGCCAUGUUGGGGGAACUCACGGGGGAAGAAAUGUUGACCCUGAUGGGCCGUCUGCGAGGCAUCAAUGACUCAAGUUUACCGGCCUCCGUCAGUAAACUGAUACACCUUUUAGGAUUGAGUGAAUGCGCGCAGCGGCCCUCCUCCACCUACUCCGGUGGAACCCGCAAGCUGUCCACAGCCAUGGCCCUGAUCGGGGAGCCCCCUCUGGUGUUCCUGGACGAGCCCACCUCCGGUGUAGACCCCACCUCCCGCCGCCGUGUGUGGGGGGCCGUCAGCCAGGCGGUGGCUGGGGGGCAAAGUGUGCUGCUCACGAGUCACUCUAUGGAGGAGUGCGAGGCGCUCUGCUCCCGCAUCAUUAUCAUGUCGCGCGGGACGCUGCGCUGCGUCGGCACCUCGGGCCACCUCAAGGCCAAGUUCGGUCAAGGCUACAGCCUGCAGGUCAAGCUUAGGACACAUGACCCCCGCCUGGAGGACGAGCGGCAGUACACAGCCUUCGUGGAGCAGCUCAGGGCCACCAUUCACCUCCGUCUGCCUGGCACCGUGCUCAUCGACCAACAUAAGGGCAUGUUAGCCUUCAGAGUUUCUAAGCAAGUCUCGUGGAGUCACCUCUUCUCCGUGAUGGAAGCGUUGAAAAGCGGCCAUGAAGCGGUAAGUGACGGGGACAGCAACGCCAUGGUGGAGCCGCUUGUGGAGGACUACGCUGCCUCCGACGCCUCCCUGGAGCAGGUGUUCCUGUCCUUCGCGCGAGAGAGUGUACCAAACAGCCCUAUGCCCUCAGACUCUGCAGCAUAUAUUACGCAGUUAUGAGUUAUUAUUCCUGAAGACCAACGUUCCAAUCAUACGGCACCAGCUGGUAAUUUUCAGCCAUCGCCGAGUGGCGGAGGAUUACCCACCUUGUGCCCAGAUCAUCAGUCAACUGUAACUCCAGCGGCCUCGACCAAAGGGAGUACGUAGGUCAGCGUGGGCCAGGCAAGGGAUGUAUCACAGCAGCCACAUCAGACACAACGGGCUGGAGCCGACCACCAGCCUCUUCAAGGUAGCCAACCGGCACAAUGGGCUGAAAAUGAAAAAAAUACACAACGGAAUUAAUAGACUUAGAUUCUCUCUCUCUCUCUCUCUCUCUCUCUCUCUCUCUCUCUCUCUCUCUCUCUCUCUCUCUCUCUCUCUCUCUCUCUCUCUCUCUCUCUCUCUCCCCCCCUUCGUUACCAGUUCCUCGAUGCUGUACACAGAUUUACACACAAUAUUAAUAUAGCAAUCAUAAGUACGAAUUCUUAACAUUCGUGGAUGAGGAGGGAGAAAGAUGCUCCACUGGGCAGGCGUAGUAGAACAUUAUCUCAUUCCUCCUCUCUCAUUCUUCCUUCCGUCCAGCUAUCAAUGUCACGUUUCAAAGCUUUUACUUUCAUUACUUUUAUUCAUAGAGAAUGAGCUGAAUGAAGUCGCAGGAACCUUGUAAAGGCAGCUGGCUUCAUCUCCAAAGGAAAAGAUAACAAUUUAAAAUGGGAAAACCAAAAAAUGUAUUUGAUAAAACAAUUUAAAAAUGGAAAAACAUGUAUAUACUCAGAAUAUAUUUACAUAUAACAUCAGCUUAUUUUAGAACGGCUUAGAAAACUGAAUAAUGCCACAGUAAUUUAUAAUGAUCUGUGCUUUAUAUGCUUUCAGCUAUUAUAAUGAUACAAUAUUUACUAAUGAUCUGUUGUCGAUUUAAGAUGUUUUAAAUGUUCCAAUUUUAGCAAUGAUCUGCUUUUAACUUAGGAUGACUUAGUACUACUUGAAGUAUGAGUGGCACUGACGAUUAAGAUAACAUUCAACAAGAGACCGUCAAGCAAUAUUUUUACAUUGUAUGCAACUCAUUGUCUCAUUUACCCUCAUAAUAUAUUAUUUUCUCAAGCAC